GAUUUUCUACAUCACAGAGAAGUGAAAGUGACUAGAAUCGUUUAGUCACAAGUCACAAUGCUAGUAGAACAUAAAUGUGAAAUGUAUUCGACCAUAUUGUUUCUAUAAUGGACGUCAAAAACCUAAUUCUGAACGUUAUAGGACUCCUAACCCUGUGCUUUGUAGUUUUAAGUAGCGGUGCUUCAGAUAAAAAUGUCACCAGAUCACGAUUACAAAGGUGUUUCAUGUGCAGAUCACGUGGAGAACUUGGCAGCUGCAAAGACAAUUUCAACCCGAACAUAACGCUGGUGGAGAAGAAGUUGGAGAUUGGAGUAGAAGCAGUUCCAUGUGCAUCGGGAUGGUGCGGAAAAAUUGUGGAGAGUGAAGAAUCUUCGAAGGAAGAAUAUGGAGUGGCAACCCAACGUUUCUGUUUUCAAAGAGGCCCUUCAGACAGCGAGGAUAGAUGCGCCUACACCAAAUGGAACUACAAGCGGGUUCUGAUGUGCUUCUGCAAGGGUCCUUCAGCCUUAUCAUUCAAUAUUUCGAGAAGAAAUAAUUUUCUAAUCAAUUUAUCGUACCCUUUAACCCACUCGAGGAGACGCUAUGCACUCUCAUACAAAAAUCAAAGACAGAGAAAGAUAUAUGGAUGUACCCUUCCCAGGACUUGUGGAGGAAGGAAGAUGCGAGGAACCGUUAUCUGA